AUCUAUGAUGUAUUAAAUGAUUAGUUCUGAAAUUAUUAUUAGGCGUGUCAUUAAGUUUCAGCAUGGCUUCCACGGUCGAAGUUGUUGAUCAAGAGAAAGUUGCUCAGGAAAAGGCUAUUGAUCGAGAAAAGGCAUGUCCAUUAUUACUGCGUGUGUUCUGCAACAUGGGAAGGCAUAAUAUGAUUGGAGAAUAUGGGCGCGGCAAUACACCAUCUAAUGAAUUACAGAUCUACACAUGGAUGGAUGCGUCACUCAAGGAGUUAACAAGUCUCGUAAAAGAGGUUAACCAUGAUGCCCAGAUGAAAGGAACAUUUUUUGACUUUGCGUUAGUUUAUCCAGAAUCUAUACGUGGUCUGUACAGGAUGCGUGACAUUGGCACCACAUGUGCAGGGAAACGUGGCGCCGAUGAUAACACAACUUUAGCCAAGUGUAAUUUCCAGAUUGGCGAUUAUGUUGACAUUUCUAUCACCCCACCCCAAGGGGGGCGAGGACCCCCUAUGGACAGGAUGAGAUCGGGAAUGGAUCGUAUGCAACGUGGAAGACCAUAUUGACAUGAUUUUACCAAAUGGAUAUAUUUAACAGACAGUGAUAGUACUAUUUACAAAAAUACAUGCAUUCAGAACUGUAGUCCAUCAUUGAUAUACGUUCAAAAUACUGUUUAGCCAUCCUGUAUAGACUAGAAGCUAGAAGUUAAACUAGUACCUGUGUUGAAAAUAGAAAAGGUCUUGUUAAAAAAGGGUAUUAUCCAUUUGCUUUUUCAAUGUUGUAGAUGUGUCACACAAGUGUUUCGGUUUUAAUUAUUUCAAUAAAACUACAUUCCUUUGCACUGUAAAUGGGAAUAAACAAUGGAUUUUCAUAAUCAUGAAAAAGUAACUAUUCACAGUAGUGUUUUCUUAUCCAAUGACAAGCAAAAUUUUAAAAACUUUUACACGUAGAGAAGUUUUGCAUUGGUCAUUGAGUGACCUAAUCCCCUUGUCUGUAUAUUGGUCAUCAAAACCUAAAAAUUAGAUGGAGAAAAUAUGGGGAUUGGCAUAUAUUUGAUGUAAGACUAUAAAAGAUUGACCUCGAAUGUUUUAGUUGAUAUUUUAAAUCAUAGUAUAAUUCUUACAUUCUCACAUGUAAGAGCAUUUUCAGAAAUAUUCUGACAUUUUAAAUUCAGAUGAAAUAGCUCAAAUUUUUGAAAUGUUCUGUCAUACAUUUCCAGAUUUUUCAUUUAAUCUAAAAAUCAUAAUGUUCUUGAAUGAUUGAAUAUAAAAAUUAACAUGUAGUAUGAUUUUUUAGUCACCUUAAUGUCAUUUGAAUCAUGCAAUAAAUUUUAUAAGAUAUUG